AACUAACACGUCACUAUAUACAAGUAUUAUUCCAUACCGUGACUUUAUGAAAUAGUAAAUAAGCUGACACGAAAACUUAACUUAUCUUUGAUAAACCUAAUGUAUAAAUGCCCGUGUACUCUGGUCAUCCGAUCACAUCUAACUAGCCAUCUAACGAGAGUUUGCUCACCGAACGCAAGUCGACAAUAAACCCGACAUCACCAUGAUGAAGCUUUUGCUCCACUCCCUCAUCUUAGGCCAGGUUGGUCUGAUAUCCCUGAUGGCAGUCUCUACCAACGCCAGACGAUGCGAGGACAUCCGUGUCGAGGGGACCAACCCGUGGGUUACCAUACCCGGUGUAAGCAGAUUCUGCUAUUCUUAUGGCAGUACACCUUCCACUUGGGAGGAGGCCAAUCAGCUCUGUAAGAGUCUUAGUAGUCCGGGUAAUGAAGAAGGUGAUCUGACAUCACUGGACAAUAACGAAGAAGCAUCUGCCAUAUUCAACUAUUGGAGCAGUGCGGGAACCAAUCUAGAAUCGGGCUAUUGGAUUGGUCUAAAUCGAGGCGACAUCACCGGACAAACUGGGAGGUGGACAGACUACUCAAGGGUGAGGAACAAUCGCCAAGACUGGCAAGAAGGAGAGCCAUCCGACAACUGUGCGUAUGUGGCCAAUGAGGGCGCUACUGACGAAGAAAAGAUGAAAUGGAAGACCGCAUCUUGUACUACAGUAACUAAACCUUUCAUCUGCGAGAGGAAGAACUACUAUUAGAUUGAGUUGAUAUUGAAUAGUAUCGAUGAAAACGAAAUAAUAAAAUAGAAUUCUGUACGAUAAUGGGACAAAGCAAAGAUAUCUUUCAAUAAACUGUGACUGCAAUUCUUGUAGGGAAAUAUCACAAACUGACAAGUCCAAUUAUUCUCCACAGUCAGAAAUUACUUUGGCAUAUUUUUGUUUCAUCACAGCAAACAAUACUCCUGAUUAUCCAGGCGUGAUGAUAAUUAUACAAGGCCUAUGUACAAAGGGUAUCACAUUAUUUGGGAGAAGUUGCUCUUCUUAGCUGUGUAAACUGGUUGUGUGUUCAUGUAUAUUUCGCUCAUUAAGUCAGAAAUUUCGAGGAGUAAUUUUACUCUCAUCCUUUCGGUAUAAAACCCAUUACAAUUCUAAGGAUUUCAUUCUGACAUUUACUUUUCUGUAGACGGAAAUAUGGCUAUAUUCAGUUCAAUCAUUUUAACCCACAUAAGUUACAGUUUCAGAUAGGAUAGGGGGCUUUACACGCU